GACUUGGGACAACCUCUCUCUUUACUGUAAGUUCUCUUUCUUACCUUCUCAUAAACUGCUUGCAAUGCAUUGCUGCUUUGACUUGUGAUGAAGCAACAAGCACUUGAUCUGAUUUCAACACUGCAUACUGAAGAUAAAGGGAAAGACAUGAAUAAUUCCUCGACAAACACAUCUUGUGAAGACGGCACUGAUGGCUUCAAACAGAUCAUGUACCCUGUAGCGUACAUUAUUAUUUUUGCACUGGGAAGUGCUGGCCACUUUUUAUCUAUCUGUGUCUUCUUCAAACAAUGGAAAAAACAGAGGAGUUUAACGCCAGUCAACUUGUUAAUGGUAAACCUGUUGUUUUCAGACCUGAUGCUGGUCUGCUCUUUGCCCUUAAGGGUCUCCUACUACUUACAACACUCCUACUGGCCGUUUGGUGACAUCCCAUGUCGACUCAGCUUUUACGUGUUUUAUCUCAACAUGUACAGCUCGGUCUAUUUUCUGGUGGCCCUCAAUAUCUUGCGUUACAUAGCGCUGGUAUGGCCGUACCUGUACAUGCGCAUGCAGACCAGCUGCGUUGUGGUUAUCAUCUGUGCCUGCAUUUGGGUAUUGAUGGCUUUGGCCUGCAGUCCGCUGUUGUUCUCCAGCACAGAUAAAGAAAAGGUGGGCAGUACUCGGUGUCUGGAGCUAUCGUUGGGGAAUGUGGACAAAAUGCUCUUCAUCAACAACGUCUCACUUGUCAUGGGCUUUGUGGUGCCCUUGGUGAUCAUCAUUUUUUGCUCCGUAUUUGUCGUGAAGAGUCUUCUGACUCCCAGUCCUGCACUUGGCAAGACUAGACCUUCAAGGAAGAAGGCGUGUGCUUUGGUCAUCAUCAGUCUUGGGAUCUUUCUUGUCUGUUUCUUGCCUUAUCACGUAGUAAGAACGAUCUUCUUAUCUGCUGAGAAACAGCUCAAGAUGAAUGGAAACUCGAAUUGUAACUCCAUUUGGGUCGUGCGUAAGGCCGCCGUCAUAACACAUUGCUUGUGUACCACCAACAGCUGUCUUGAUCCCUUACUUUUCUUUUUCGUUGGGGAAAAUUUCAGAUCAUUCUUUGCAAAGUUUCUGGAAAGAAGAAGAACGAGCAAAUUGAGAAGCACUGUGCAACAGGAAGAGCUGCACGUUUUAAAGAAGUAAAUGAAAUGGAUGGACAGAUAACAAAGACUUGAGGGAACGCAUUGUUUUUUUAGAUAGUUCUGCAGAAGCAGGAAACAACUUUUCUUUGACCUUUUGUUGUGAUCAGACAUACGGAGGUGAAUAGCUAAAGGAGUGCUUUUGGGUAUUAGUAAGCAUUCCUUAUCAGAUCCGGUAUCUGUGUAAAGCUGCUUGCUGUCUGUGCUACCACCAGUAGCAUUGCAUUAUAACAUAUUGACAUAUAUUCUGUUUGUUGCAAAUGGGGACACUUGCAAUGUAUUAAAUGUAUAUAUGUUGUCCCACCUUAUAGUUUAAAGAUCAAACAACAAACUGAUAAAGCCGCAAUACUCAGACAGAUGCACAAAUUGAAGUCAUGCCUUAUGUUUAAAAGAGCCAUUUAUUUAUUUACUUGAGAGCAUGCAGGCAUGUGGUUUGAGCUAAAUGUAAAUAUAUAACAGUGUUGUUAGAUUUUAUACCUUGUGAUAUUAGAAAGAAGAUAUUUUGAGAAAUGUUUGUAACCGAAUCGUUCAUGAGCCCUAUUCCAUAUCCUACUAUGGAAGUGAAUGGAGCUCAUGACCCUCUGUUGAUGUGAAUGGUCUCUUAUGCUAAUAGUUGUGCAACCUUAUUACACCCAAUGUAUAAAAAAAAUCAUAAAAGCCUUUAGUAUGUUUUCAGUGUAUAUAUAGGCCAUUAAAUUGUGUCAAUCCUUUAGUGAGGUUUCACAUCCGGCUGUAUCACUUAUGUGGCACAUGAAUUGAGCUGUCAGGAAGCAUAAUGCUUGUGGCUUCCUGAAGACACCUGUUUCUCACAGUCUAGCCCAGGGGUUCUCAAAGUCCGGACUCCGGUCCGGAUCCGGACCCGCUUUCACUUCAUAUUACAAGUGCAUUAAUUUCUAUGUGACUGAUAAAUGUGUGCAUUUGCUACUUUAAAAAUGCAUAUUAAACUUGUAAACCAUUCGUUUAGUUUUUUUUCUUUUUAGAUUUAAGAGUAUUCCUGGUCCGAAAAUAAAACGAGUUAUUUAAAAAUUUCCUGCGUGACGCUGUAGCCAUCACACCCAGAUAUUAUGCACAGCUACUUCAUGUACUACGGCUUUUGAUCAGUAAUUCCUUAUUAAUCUGAAAUCACUGUUGGUUUGAACAUACCUGUCAAGUAUCCCGUUUUGGCCGGGAAAGUCCCGUAUUUUACCCUUCUUUCCCGCCGUCCUCCCGUAUUAGUAUUUUCCCGUUAAUCUCCCGUAUUUUAACCUGCGUUAUUACAAAAAUAAUAAUGCCCGGGCGGAGUAAUAAAAAAACAUUCCCAAUCCCAGAUCGCUAAAGAUCCACUAAUUCCGCUAAUCCACUUCGUGUUUUCCCACCCGCUCCGCAGCAUCUCUGUGUGCACUCUCUGCCUGGAGAGCGAAGACGACAGUUUCUGUCUGAAGUUUGUUGCAUUAACAGGUAGAUUUAUUACAUAAUAUAUCAGUUGUUAAACCGCAGAAUUACUAAUUUGGAAGUUUGUUUAUGUAUUUCUUUGGUUAAUGAUUUGCUGUCGGUGUUCUAAAAGUGCUAACAAGUUAGCAAGCAAACAGCAACAAAAUAUCCAGAUUAUUAUCGUUACAAUGCAUUAAAUGUUCCCGGUCAGAUCUAAGUUAACAUAAACACUACAUUUGCUGUUGUUGGCACACUUUGUAGACAAAAAAUACCAAAAACACCAAUGGCUUCACAAAAUAAAGACAGAGAACGGAAAGAGAGGCUGCUAAAGGCAGUUCAACAUUGCAAACAUUAAUUCAAAGCUCCAUCAAGCCAGCAGGUAAAUCAUAUUGAAUAUUUAGCAGAUUGUCACACUUUAAUUCUUGUUAUUAUAUUUUCCCAUUAUAAUCACUUGUAAUCACUUGUCUAAAUUGAUGCUAGUAAUAUAGUAACACAUCAUUUAUUUAUAAUACUUUAUUAAAACCAUACUAAUAGUACCACCCCCUGUAGUGCCCUUUUUGGUUUGGGCCACUGCCCCAUCUAGCAUUUUCAUUUUCUAAAUGACUGUUCUCAUUACAAAGAAACGUGAAUGGUUUAUAAAUAAUUUUGGCAUUAAGGUAUAAUGCAAAAGAAGUUAAAAUAAGGCUUUUCAAACUAAUGCCAGUGGGUUUUGUACAGAUGCAAAUUUGUGUGUAUAGUACUAUGUACAGUAUGAGUGUGACUAAAGAAAUGUAGUUUUCACAGAGCUGUGUGUUUCACUAGUUUUCUUGCUAAUGAAUUAGUUUGUUUAGUUAAUUUUAACACAAUUAUCAGCACUAAGGUUUAAAAAAUAUUAUCCGGCCCUCACCAGUCUUAAAAUACUGGAGCUUGUUUGGGUUGGUGGUGGGACUGUUCGCGGUGGGCGCCGGAAAAUGUCCCUUAUUUUCAAAUCCAAAACUUGACAGGUAUGGGUUUGAAUCGUUUAAAACAUGCAUUUGAAAAAGCAACACUCGUCAAACAUAAUCUUUAUACAUAUUCUUUAUUAUCAUGAAAAUACCUGAAAAGGUUUGAAGAACAGCAAUAUAAAUAUAUCCUUAAGAAAUUUCCUGGAGCUGCGUGUGUCUGGUUCUUCGCUGGUUCUUCGCAUGUUAAGUUUCUGCCCGAGAGCGCCCCCUGACUUUUGGAUGUAGCGGCAUUUCACCGUAAUUCAUUGAGAAGCAUAGCAAGAAUCAUAAGCCAAUUUAUAGGUGCACCCCUAAUUUUGGUCAGUGUCUCUGCAUACCAACCACACAUUUUUUAUGUAAUUAGGUUGCUCUGUAUUUUUCACCUGGUUACUUUUGGCAUUAUUCUUGUGUUUAUGUUUAAAAAAUUUUUUUUACUUUAAAUGCAAAAUACACUAAUUUUUCCCAAACUAUUUGUGUUGAUUUGUUAUAUAAACAAAUGAUUUACAUAAAGUUUUUCCGGACCAAUGAAAAAGAUAAGAAUUCAUAUUUGGACCUUUGAAUGUAAACUUUGAGAACCCCUGGUCUAGCCUAUCAGCACAUUAAACUACGUCUGGGUACAUACAUGUGCAAAGACUCUUAGGCAUUUUUCAAAGGUGUAUGCUAAAUAUAUUUGUUGUUAUUAUGUUGUUCACAAGAGGAAGUUUUCACGUGUGUCGUGGAGCGUGUAAUGACGUUAAACAUCAGUUUAUAUCUUUAUUUUACAUCUGCACCUCCUUCAUUACCCA